AUGCCCCUAACUCAAUUAACUCGGAAGGGCAACUCGUUUGUUUGGAGUGGAGCUUGCGAGUUUAGUUACCCAGAACUCAAGCAAAGACUAGUUUCAGCACCAGUGCUUACUGUGACAAACAAAACAGGAUAUUACAUUAUUUGUAGUGAUGCUUCUAAGAACGGGCUAGGUUGUGUUUUGAUGCAAUGGGGUAAAGUUAUUACUUAUGCAUCUUGUAGAGCAAAUGUAGUUGCAUAUGCCUUAAGCAGGAAGACUGCCCAUACAUCAGCCUUGAUCAUCACCUUGACUCAUAUUCUUAGUGAUUUGGAAUGUGCAGAUAUAGUAGCUGUAGUGGGUGAUGUUACUGCACAGUUGCAAUACAAAGAUGUAUCAARACUUAAACCAGUACUAUUGGUGGAUAACAUGAAGAAAGAUAUAGCAGACUUUGUAAGUAAGUGUCUGGUUUGUCAGCAGGUGAAGGCGUCGAGACAGAAACUGGCAGGUACUCGGYUGGAACUCAGUACAUCCUUUCAUCCACAGACGGAUGGUCAAGUUGAUGUGAAACCACGUUUGAUACGGUGGAUUUUGUUACUUCAAGAGUUUGAUAUUGAAGUUAGGGACAGGAAGGGUACUGAAAACCAAGUUGCUGAUCACCUGUCUAGAUUGGAAUCCCCGCUCUGGGAUGAUGGAACUGUUAUACGUGAACAUUUUAUUGACGAGCAACUCUUGCGAGUUGAUUCAGUUYCRUGGUAUGCCGAUAUAGCAAAUUAUUUAGUAAGUCGAAUAGUUCCUUAUGAGUUUAACAAGCAACAAGUAAAGAAAUUUCUAAAUGAAGUUCGAUUUUAUCGUUGGGAUGAACCUUUUUUAUAUAAGCUAGGACCUGACAAUAUCUUAUGCAGGUGUGUAGCAGAAGAAGAGCACGAGGUUUGUGACAAAUGCCAAYGGACAGGUAAUAUAUCUAAACGCCAUGAAAUUCCUCAAACCCCGAUCCUUGAGAUUGAAAUAUUUGAYGUGUGGGGUAUAGAUUUGAUGGGUCCAUUUYCAUCUUCUAAUGGUAAGCUUUAUAUAUUGUUAGCAGUAGAUUAUGUUUCGAAAUGGAUAGAAGCCAUUGCAACUGCUACCAAUGAUUCUAAAGUUGUCAUUCGUUUUCUGCAAAAGCACAUUUUUACGCGUUAUGGAACCCCGCGUUGUCUGAUAAGCAAUAGGGGGGCUCAUUUUGUGAAUAGGUCUAUGCAAAAGUUGCUGGCUGAAUACAAUGUGCGUCAUAGGGUUGCAACAGGAUAUCAUCCUCAGUCGAAUGGGUUAGCCGAAAUAUCUAAUAGGGAGAUAAAAAACAUUUUAGAAAAAACUGUAAAUUUUAAUCGUAGGGAUUGGUCUUUGAAGCUUGAUGAUUCACUUUGGGCAUAUAGGACARCAUUUAAGACUCCCCUCGGCAUGUCCCCCUAUAGGCUAGUCUUUGGAAAAACAUGUCAUUUGCCUCUUGAGCUAGAAUAUAAAGCAUUUUGGGCUACUAAGAAAUUAAAUUUUGAUUUGUCGGCUGCAGGUGAAGCGAGGACGUUACAAUUGUUGGAAUUAGAAGAACACAGGCAAUUUUCUUAUSAGAAUGCUAAGYUGUUUAAGGAAAAAACUAAACAGUGGCACGAUAGGCGUCUUCGGCCGAACAAUCUUCAAGAAGACGGAUAUUCGGGAUAUAACCAGAUUACCAUCGCUCCGGAGGAUCAAGAGAAGACGACGUUCACUUGUCCGUAUGAGACAUUUGCCUUUAGGCGUAUGCCUUUCGGUCUAUGCAAUGCACCGACGACAUUUCAAAGGUGUAUGAUGGCCAUUUUUUCGGAUAUGGUAGAAAAUAUUCUUGAGGUUUUUAUGGAUGACUUUUCAGUUUUUGGAAAUUCUUUUGAUAAUUGUUUAUUGAAUUUAGAAAAUGUUUUACAAAGAUGUGAGGACACAAAUCUUGAUUGGGAGAAGUGCCAUUUUAUGGUACGAGAAGGGAUAGUGCUAGGCCAUAAGAUUUCGAAAAAUGGGAUUGAGGUGGAUCGUGCUAAAAUUGAUGUUAUUUCAAAAUUACCACCUCCCACAAAUGUUAAAGGAAUAAGAAGUUUUUUAGGCCAUGGGGGUUUCUAUUGACGUUUUAUAAAAGAUUUUACAAAGAUUUCAAAACCCUAUUGCCAACUUUUGGAAAAUGAUAGACCAUUCGUAUUUGAUAAUGCUUGCAUGAUAGCUUUUGAAACUUUAAAAAUUGCUUUGAGCUCGGCUUCAAUAAUUAUAGAACCUAACUAGGAGUUACCCUUUGAACUUAUGUGCGAUGCUAGUGAUUAUGCUUUAGGGGUCAUGUUAGGUCAAAGAAGGGAUAAGUUUUUACAUCCAGUAUAUUAUGCAAGGACAAAAGUAAUUGUUUAUACUGAUCAUUCUGCUCUAAAGUAUUUAUUUGCAAAGAAGGAUACAAAACCACGUUUGAUACGAUGGAUUUUGAUACUUCAAGAGUUUGAUAUAGAAGUAAGGGACCGUAAGGGAAUGAAGAACCAAUAUGCUGACAUUGCAAAUUACUUGGUAAGUCGUAUUAUUCCUCAUGAAUUCAGUCGGCAGUGUGUAGCGGACGAAGAGCAAAAAGCAAUUUUGGAGGCUUGUCAUAUGUCUCCAUAUGGAGGGCAUUUCACUGGACAAAAGACCGCAACGAAGGUAUUACAAAGCGGGUUCUUCUGGCCCACUUUAUUCCGUGAUGCACUAGCUUCGCUCAGCUUGAAAGUAUUGUUCGACGUCAAAGAUGAAAUUCUCAAGGACCUUGGCAUCGCGAGCCCCGCCAAAGGGCUUAGGCUCCGGAAUCUUCACCUUGUUAAACUGGACAUUGCCCCCUUCUGGGCCUUGGUUUCCCACCACUCUCAUGGUGAGGUUGAGAAAAGAACAGAGACUCAGAAAACAGAGAGAAAAGCAAAAAAAGAAAGAUAUUUCGAAAGCGAGAGUGAAAGUACCAUCACUUUUAUGGACGAGAUUCCACCACAAAAUCCUGCAGAUCCACCAGUUGUUAACGGAAAUAUGGCAGCAUUCCAGAAUUUGGAUUCUUUCAUCCUAAAUCCCAUUCCAAAAGCCGCCAACUUCGAACUGAAGCCGCUUAUGUUUCAAAUGCUUCAGACAUUAGGACAGUUCGGGGGGCGUGAACACAAAGAUCCUCAUGAUCAUCUCAAAACUUUUUUUCAAAUAGCUGGUGCAUUUAGAUUUCCAAAUAUAACUGAUGAUGCAUUAAGGUUAACUCUUUUCCCAUUUUCUCUUAAGGAUCGGGCAAGAACAUGGCUCAACUUGUUCCCGCCAGGAUCAAUUACAACAUGGAAUUCGCUAGUAGAGAAGUUCCUUACAAAGUAUUUUCCUCCUACUCGCCAUGCUGACAUCAGCGAAGAGAUUGUCACCUUUAGACAAUAUGAUCGUGAACCAGUGCACGAGGCAUGGGAGAGAUUCAAAGAGUUGCUGCGAAAGUGUCCGAACCAUGGAUUACCAGCAUGUAUCCAGAUUGAGCAUUUCUUCAGAGGUUUGGACCACCCCACUAAGAUGAUGCUCAACAACGCCGCAAAUGGAGCUUUCACGAAGAAAACCUUCAACGAAAUAGUUGAUAUUUUGGAGGACCUAGCAUCCCACAAUGAGCUAUGGUGUUCUCAAAGGUCGAAACCUGCACCUAAGAAGCAAGAUCAAGCGGGUGUAUUGGCGUUGGACAUAGUAACUUCAAUGCAGAAGGAAAUAGUGACGAUGAACCAAAUGGUCAAGGAGUUGGCCCUAGAAAGGAAGAGUGCACCAACAACAACCGUGCAACUAGAAUAUGCUUCUCCUGUCAUGGGAACAAUCGAAACUUCAACCUCUAUUCAAACACGUACAAUUCGGGGUGGAGACAUCAUCCCAACAUUUCAUGAGGAGGUCAAGGAAGUUCCAGUGGAGCGACCCAAGGGCAGAACCAGCAAUAUAAGCAGCCCUAUGUCCCUCCUACUUUUUCAAGUUUUUAUGGAUGACUUUUCAGUUUUUGGAAAUUCUUUUGAUAAUUGUUUAUUGAAUUUAGAAAAUGUUUUACAAAGAUGUGAGCACACAAAUCUUGUUUUAAAUUGGGAGAAGUGCCAUUUUAUGGCACGAGAAGGGAUAGUUCUAGGCCAUAAGAUUUCGAAAAAUGGGAUUGAGGUGGAUCGUGCUAAAAUUGAUGUUAUUUCAAAAUUACCACCUUCCACAAAUGUUAAAGGAAUAAGAAGUUUUUUAGGCCAUGGGGGUUUCUAUCGACGUUUUAUAAAAGAUUUUGCAAAGAUUUCAAAACCCCUUUGCCAACUUUUGGAAAAUGAUAGACUAUUCUUAUUUGAUAAUGCUUGCAUGAUAGCUUUUGAAACUUUAAAAACUGCUUUGAGCUCGGCUCCAAUAAUUAUAGAACCUAACUGGGAGUUACCUUUUGAACUUAUUUAUGAUGCUAGUGAUUAUGCUUUAGGGGUCAUGUUAGGUCAAAGAAGGAAUAAGUUUUUACAUCGAGUAUAUUAUGCAAGUAAGACUUUAACGGGGGCACAACUAAACUGCACCACUACUAAAAAAGAAUUGUUAGCAGUUGUGUUUGCUUUUGAUAAGCUUAGGUCUUACAUGAUAGGGACAAAAGUAAUUGUUUAUACUGAUCAUUCUGGUCUAAAGUAUUUAUUUGCAAAGAAGGAUGCAAAACCACGUUUGAUACGAUGGAUUUUGCUACUUCAAGAGUUUGAUAUAGAAGUAAGGGACCGAAGGUCAAGCAGAGAUUCGAGAACAAUUCGUAGAUGA